UUUUGUUGUACUGUCACUGCCGUCUCAAUCUCGUUCCAAGGAAGCUUAAAAACACCCAUAAAAAGCCUCUCUGUCUGUUUUACUUCUCUGUAACCUGCGAUCAUGUCGCCACAGCAACGAGCGUCGUCGCCCGACGUGUUGGCAUCACCUGUCACUCCUGGAAACGUUUCGACAUCUACUACGAAUGCGAACUCUGCUGCUACAUCUUCGAACAAUGGAGCACCCCAAGCUGUAUCUGGAUCACCAGCAAACGGAAAUCAAACACUGAGCCCUGGGAGAAAAAGGCGGAAGGUUACACGGAGUCGAUUGGGAUGUCUUACAUGCCGCAAGAGGAGAAAACUUUGUGAUAUGGCAAAACCUGUCUGUCAGGCGUGUACCCGAUUGAAGAUUCAAUGUAGUUGGCCGUCAGAAUCAGCUUCCAAGCCUCCUCGAUCAUCUUCGCAAAGACAAUCUCAAACGCCGGCUGUCAGCGAAUCCCCUUUCGUACCUCCUACAGAUCUCGAUAACAUGACCCAUAGUAUAUCUCCGUAUAUGUCUUACGGUCCAACUUCCACAAUACUGCCUCACUCCUACACCCCUUCGCAAGCUUCUGCUCCGAGUACUGCUGCUGCUGGACCUCUUUCGGCGUCGAAUACUCUGGAGGAUUUCACUCGUAUCUUUGGACAUAUAGAAGAAGAUCGGGCCGGAUUGCAAAUGAAUGAACGAAAUGUUCGGCCCUAUGCCAUUUAUAGUGCAUCUGCAGUCCCAGAAGUUGGUCUACCACCGGAACUGAACACAGAAGCCGAGGUGAUGGAUUGGUUAAAUGGUAGUUGCAGCCUUGACGAGUCGAUGCUCCAACUAUGGGCUGCUGAUUGCCUAGCAGUACCCACUACGCAAACGUUUAACGCCUUCGACUCUCUCAACAACCUCUUGCAACCUACACCCCCAUCCCAAGAUCACGUCGACGCUUCUCAUCCGGCUCCAUCCCAUGGUCCCUCCGAUCCUCAGCCUCCUCAACCCAUUUCUCGUCCCGAAUCUGGUCGUCAGUCCCCUUCACAUUUUCAUUCCCCAUCUCGUCGUAGCGAUCGAGGCACUCCUACAAGCCAGCCCCAAACCGCCCUCUUACACUACUUCCACGAUUCUCUCGCUAGACUUGUUUCCUGUACCGGGGAUGCUUCCUCAAAUGCCUUUGAAGCAUUUACAAAGCUUUCAAAUAUGGCCGCUGGGCAAGGAUCAGCCGGUCAGGGGUUACAUCUGUCUAUCCUUGCGUGGGCGGCUCGACAUGCUGUGAACAGAGGACUCGUAAAGUACGAAGCAGCGAGUGAAAAAUUUAGUUCGCAGUCGGCAACAUUGGUGAAUAAUAGAAUGAGAGAUUUGUUUGAUGGAGAUGGUAACGAGAGAAGGAGCGGAGCAAUGCCUAAUCAUGAAAAGAAUAGAGAGUAUAUGACAUUGUUGGCGUCUAAUCUGAUGCUGAUGCAAUUCAAGAUAUGCCGUGGUGAUGUAUGGGGAUUCGAUACGGUGGUUCGGCAUCUGACUGUGCUCGUACCAUUUGUCUUUCGGACAGAGAAAGACUUCCAAGCCGAGUCAAUGCAUCACCAGUUCUUUGAGAAUGUCCUAUAUCAUGAUGUUCUGGGCUCAUUCAUCCUCAAUCGCGCUCCCAUGGUCCCCUCCUCCCUCGUUAGCCACUACUGCAGUUUUAACCUUGAAGCUCUCAAUACCCUCACUGGGGCCAGCUUACCGCUUUUCUCCACAAUGCAUCGCCUUGCAGCUCUAGUGCGACAACGAAGAGGAAGGAGAGGUAAAGGAUGGAGUGACGAAGACUUGUUUGAUGCGUUGCAGCGAGCGAUGGAGCUGGAGAAGGAUCUAACAGAUGAAAAGAAGAGACUCGAUGCGCUCUUAAUUGCUAAACCGCAUGUCAAGCCUCAUCGUUACCUGCACGAAGCAUUCCGAUUGACAUGCCUCAUCCAACUCCACCACGAUGUCCUCUGUGAGCCCCCUUCAUCUCUGCACAUUCGCCUCCUCGUCCGGCAAUCCCUUUCAUUGCUUGAAACAAUGAUAGAUCAGAGCUUGCCAGGGUUAUGUUCAGCCCACUGGGUGAUAUUCCAGACGGCGUUGUGCUGUGUUGCCGGAGGACAGGAUAAAGCCGAACUGGAUGAUCGCGAGACGGUGGAGCGGAUAUAUGAUGAUAUCUUACAUGAGUACGGGUUUCUCAACGUUGAGCGAUCACGGAAAAUUGUUCAUGAAGUUUGGGCGAGAAAUCAGGAUGGACAAUUGCAUAUGGAUUGGUUAGAUCUUUUGGAAGAAUAUGAUUGGGAAAUCUUUGUUGUUUGAUUUACGCCACGUAAUCAUCUGUAAUCUCCUUGUCUCAGCAGUCUCGUUGUCUCGUGAGGGCCCCUGCAGCCUGAUCACAUAAUAAUAAAGUCGAUGCUUGCGCAUGUUGCAAAUUGCCAAACAACCGGCUUUCCAUUUGUUAUUCCUGAUAUUGGGCCGUCUAGCUCCCAAUUCGAUUUCAACCACACUUGGCUGAUCAGUCAAACACAGUCACCGAAAUAUGCACUCGUAAAAUCAUUCCAAGUCCAGUAGUAUUUGAGCAGUCGAGAUGAUGAUCGUCCCCGCGGCCCCAUGAAAUACUUCC